CACAAUAAUCUGUGAGCCGCCUGAUUUGCCGGAAUGAGAUUUGGCUGUGUUUAUUUUAGCAAGAAUUGUGCAAGCUUUCAGCUCAUUGAACCAAGCGAAUCAAAGGAAAGGAAAGCACAGAGAGAAACCCAGAUCUUAUAAAAUGGGCACAUUCUUGUGUUAAACCAGAGAAAAGAUACAGGACAGAAAAUGAAGCUGGUGGUUCUGAGCCUUUUACUGGCUUGUUUCUUCACAGACAUCUGGGCAGUAAAUAAAGAAUACUACCUUGGAAUUGUAGAAACCGAUUGGAAUUAUGCACCAGGAACAAAGGACAAGAUUUCCGGGAAGUUAUUUUCAGAAGAAGAGCAUUCAAGUGUGUUUGUCCAACAAGGCCCGGACCGGAUAGGAAGCACAUACAAAAAAGCUGUCUAUGUGCAAUUCACAGAUGGCUCUUACAAAACUGCUGUCGAAAAGCCUUCCUGGUUGGGCCUUCUAGGACCUGUUCUCAAAGCAGAAGUUGGAGACAGCUUUACUGUUCACCUGAAAAAUUUUGCUACAAGAGCCUACACUCUUCAUCCUCAUGGAGUCAAAUACACAAAAGAAAAUGAAGGUGCACUUUAUCCUGACAUGACUUCAGGUUUACUAAAGAAAGAUGAUAUUGUGCAACCAGGAGAACAGUAUGUUUACACUUGGGAGGUCACGGAAGAUCACGGCCCAGCAGAAGGUGAUAAUAACUGUGUCACCAGGAUUUAUCAUUCCCACAUAGAUGCCCCAAAGGAUAUUGCUUCUGGGCUUAUUGGACCCUUGAUCACUUGCAAGAAAGGUACACUGCAGGAUGGAAAAGAUAAAGAUGUGGACCAAGAAUUUAUUUUGAUGUUCUCUGUGAUGGAUGAGAAUUUCAGUUGGUACUUGGAUGAAAAUAUCAAGAAAUACUGCUCUGAACCUGACAAAGUUGACAAAGAGAAUGAGGACUUCCAAGAAAGCAACAAAAUGCACUCAAUCAAUGGAUACAUGUAUGGAUAUCUUCCCAAUCUCACGAUGUGUACACAAGAUAAGGUGAAAUGGUACCUUUUUGGUGUUGGUAAUGAAGCUGACAUUCAUUCAGCUUAUUUCCAUGGGCAAACCUUGAUAGAAAGAAAACAUCGAGUUGACACAAUCAGUCUCUUUCCGGCAACCUUUAUAGAUGCCCUCAUGGUGCCAGAGAAUGAUGGGGAAUGGCUGCUGAGCUGUCAAGUCAAUGAUCAUAUAGAAGGUGGCAUGCAAGCCAUUUUUGAGGUGAGAAACUGUAAACACCAUUCUCCCUCUUCCAAGAACACUAAAAUAAGGCGUUAUUAUAUUGCAGCAGAGGAAGUUUUUUGGAACUAUGCUCCAUCUGGAUUAAAUAACUUUACAGGAGAAGAAGUAAUUCAUGAUGAGGAUGCCAAGACCUUUUUUGAACAAGGCGACAAAACAAUUGGUGGAACUUACAAAAAAGCUCUUUUCUAUGAGUAUCUCAGUGAGGCAUUCAAAACACGCCGGAGGAGGCUUCCUAUUGAGGAACAUCUUGGAAUUUUAGGACCCAUCAUUAGAGCAGAGGUUGGUGAGACUAUCCAGGUGACCUUCCGAAACAAGGCCAGUUAUUCUUUCAGUAUUCAGGCACAUGGUUUGAGCUUCAGUGAGGAUAAUGAGGGUUCUUUCUUCAAUACCAGUUCUGGAGGCAACACAAGACCAUCUUCACAUGUAAACCCUGGAGACACAUUCCAUUAUGAAUGGGAGGUGCCAGAGACUGUGGGUCCUACUCCAGAAGAUCCAGAUUGUCUAACUCGGAUGUAUUAUUCAGCAUCAGAUCCCAUCAAGGACAGUAGUGCAGGUUUGGUGGGACCACUCUUGGUAUGCAGAAAGGGGGCUCUGCUUCCUUCAGGGAGACAGAAAAAUGUAGACAAGGAAUAUUUCCUCCUUGCAACUGUCUUUGAUGAGAAUCUGAGCUGGUAUUUGGAUGAAAAUAUUAAACAGUACACAAAAACGCCUAAUGAAAUUGACAAAGAGGAUGAAGAUUUCCAGGAAUCUAAUAUGAUGCACUCCAUAAAUGGAUACAUGUAUGGAAACUUGAAAGGUCUUGAGAUGUGUAGUGGAGAAACUGUUUCUUGGCAUCUGAUUGGCUUGGGAUCAGAGGUUGACAUCCAUGGAAUACAUUUCUCAGGAAAUACUUUUCUAACUCAAGGGACAAGGAAGGAUACAACCAAUCUAUUUCCUCACACCUCUGUCACAGCUAUUAUGAAGCCUGACUCAGAAGGAAUAUUUGAGGUGGCAUGUCUGACAACAGAUCAUUAUACGGCGGGUAUGAGACAGAAAUAUGAAGUAAAGAGGUGUGAUACCUCACCAGAGGAAAAUGUGGGGUAUCUCCAAGAGAAAACCUACUAUAUUGCAGCUGUAGAGAUUGAAUGGGACUAUUCCCCCAACAGGACAUGGGAGCAUGAGCUACAUCAAUUUCAUGAUGAAAGUCCAGGAAAUGCAUUUUUAAACAAAGAGGAUAAGUUUAUUGGAUCAAAAUACAAGAAAGCAGUUUAUCGGGAAUAUACGGACCAAACGUUUAGCAAACUCAAAGAAAGGAAAGAAAAGGAAGAACAUCUGGGACUUUUAGGUCCCCUUCUUACUGCAGAUGUUAGGGAUACAAUUAAAAUUGUUUUUAAGAACAUGGCUUCUAGAACUUAUUCUAUACAUGCACAUGGAGUGAAAACUGAUUCUCCAUUGGUAGUGGAAACUAGCCCAGGUACAGUAAGAGAGUAUAUUUGGAAAAUACCCAGAAGAUCUGGUCCUGGAGAAAGAGAAUCAACCUGUAUCCCUUGGGCAUAUUACUCAACAGUGGACCAAGUUAAAGACGUAUACAGUGGAUUGAUAGGCACACUCUUAGUUUGUCGCAGAGAACUUUUGUCUCUGCAUCCACCUCCAAAAAGGGUGGAGUUUGCUCUUCUUUUUAUGGUGUUUGAUGAAAAUGAGUCUUGGUACUUGGAUGAGAAUAUCAAGACAUACUCUGCUAAUCUAGAAGAUGUGAACAAGGAAGACGAGGACUUCAUUGAAAGCAAUAAAAUGCAUGUCAUUAAUGGAAGAGUGUUUGGGAAUUUGCAUGGCCUUACGAUGCACGUCGGAGAUAAUGUCGUUUGGUACUUGCUGGGAAUGGGGAAUGAAGUAGAUAUGCACACAGCACAUUUCCAUGGCCACAGCUUUGAUUAUAAGCAAACCAGAAACUUCCGAAACGAUGUCUUUGAUCUCUUUCCUGGAACCUUCCAAACCAUUGAAAUGGUUCCAAACAAUCCUGGGACCUGGCUACUGCACUGCCAUGUGACUGACCACAUCCAUGCUGGUAUGGAGACUACCUAUACAGUGCUCCCCAAAGAAAAUGCUGAUAUUGAACAAGAGCAAGUGAAGAUGUCCAUUGGAGAGCAGUCUCAUAUCUGAAAAAUGUCAGGUGAACAACUUCUCCCCUUCCUCACAAGAUGAGCUUCUUAAUACUUCAUUACAAAUGGAAAAAACUCACAGCAAGAAGGAUGACAACAAAACUUUUUCUACCAAUUUCCCAGAAAAACAUUUACUCUUUUUUUGUUAGUUGCUUUGCAAUAUUUUUGUUAAAGAAAUAUUUUAAAUGCAUUCUCUAGAAAUAAAUGAGACUUCAAGUUAUUUACUUUGUAAAUAUUGUAAAUACAGAUAGAAGACAAAUUAAAGAAAGAUCAAAUAACA